ACUUACAGCCAUGUGGUCUCCUCUGCUCUCCACAUUGGGAAGAUCACAGCCACCGCCAAACUGAGCAGGGGGGCAAAGUGCUUACUGGGGCUUCACAGGCUACAGUCCGAGAGGAUCCUGCAUUACUAGAUGGAAUUCAAGAGUUUACAGUUUUAUAACUGAAUACUCUACCAAGGCAGGGCAGCAGCUAUCAGCUAUUUCUUUUUGCGUCCCAUUCAAGGACAUUGCCAUGGACUGAGAGCUUCUACUAAUCAGUCACAAAGUGUAAGUGAGCUGUAUGGACACUGCGCCCAGGGGAGAGAGAGGUCCCGCUGCUGGAGAUGUGUGACGUGAAGAGGACUAACCUUGUGCAGUUGCCGCAAUGGGAGACUGGAGCUUGCUGGGAAAGUUGCUGGAGAGCGCACAGGAGCACUCGACAGUGGUGGGGAAGGUGUGGCUGACGGUGCUCUUCAUCUUUCGCAUCCUGGUUCUGGGAGCCGCUGCCGAGAAGGUGUGGGGGGACGAGCAGUCGGGCUUCACCUGCGACACCAAGCAGCCCGGCUGCCAGAACGUCUGCUACGACAAGACCUUCCCCAUCUCGCACAUCCGCUUCUGGGUGCUGCAGAUCAUCUUCGUGUCCACCCCUACCCUCAUCUACCUGGGGCACAUCCUGCACCUGGUGCGCAUGGAGGAGAAGCAGAAGCAGAAGGAGAAGGAGAGGGCCAGCCGUGCCGCCCACCACGGGGACAAGCAGCCCCUGCUGGCAGAGCCCAAAGACAAGAAGCCGCCCGUGAGGGACGAGCAGGGCAGGAUCCGGAUGCAAGGCGUCAUCCUGCGGACCUACAUUUUCAAUAUCGUUUUCAAAACCCUUUUUGAGGUGGGGUUUAUAGUGGCUCAGUACUUCUUGUACGGGUUCCAGCUCAAGCCCCUCUACACUUGUGACCGCUGGCCGUGCCCCAACACCGUGAACUGCUACAUCUCGCGGCCCACCGAAAAGAGCAUCUUUAUUAUCUUCAUGCUCGCCGUGGCUUGCCUCUCGUUGCUCCUCAACCUGGUGGAAAUCUGCCACUUGGGUUUCACAAAAUGUAGGCAAGGGUUGAAAAACAGGACUGAGCUGGCUUGUGAAGCGGGGUCUAAAGCACCAAGCGAAGCAGCGGUGCCUUUUGUGCCAAAUUACCCCUACUUCUCCGGCCAUCAGCCACCUCCCGGACCCUACCAGUCUGGAUCCCGAUACAGCCCAUCUCCCUUGACCGAAAUGGACUCCACCUAUCACCCGUACAUCAGCAAGGCUGCCUACAAGCAAAACAGAGACAACCUAGCCGUGGAGAGGAACGGCAAGCCAGAGGAAAGAGACCUAAAAGUGAAGAAAGGGACUCAGCCACCGGUGGAGAAACAGCGCCGGCCCAGUCGAUCCAGCAAACACAGCAACAGCAAGACCCGGUUGGAUGAUCUCAAAAUCUAACCUUCUCUGGAUUUAUUAGGAAACAAAGUCUAAAAAGGUGCUGUUUUAGAAUUUUUUUUUUUUUUUAAACUUGUUUUUGGAUUUCUUUGCCUACAGAGGACCUGUUCGUAAUAAGUCUCGCUGUACAUGACUUUUUUUUUUUUUUUUUUUCUGACGUCAUGGUACAUGCGGUAAAUGCGCCUCCCGUUACAAAUGAAAUGGUUUGAAACUGCACAUAGGCACGCAACAGACGCCAGCCUAUCGCUUUCAUCUUCUGCCCAGAGAUUUUUGUGGCUGGUCCCAUCAAAGGCACCCUCCAGCCGUACCCCAGGGUCUCGAGAAGACAACCAGAUGCUUGUUUGUGGUGCGAUUGUUUUUUGGAACAUGUGUAAACGAUUUAGGCUUUUACUUGAAUAUAAAGAUCUGUGUAUUACAAAGCAUUUUUUUCUUAAACCACUGUGAGAUGUUGAACAGGCGACUUUGUAAAAAAAAAAAUAAAUAAAUCAAUCACAUUUUCACAAAAUAUUAAAACU